UCUCAGCGAAGCUCUCAACACGACGCAAAACCGCAGGGGUAGAAGUGGCAUAGGCAGCAGAAGCAGAGGCACUGUUGGAAGCGCCGCGGGUCUCCUUCGCAGGGGCAUACCCCUGGCCGUGGGUCUCGGGACGACUCGUGGAAGCAAGAGCAGCAUGAGUAGAGGAAGACUCAGGGGCAGCACCAUAAUACUGGUGGCUAGCAGUAGUAGUAGGCAUUACUGCGCCGCUCGUGCGACGAGCAACACCCCCAUAAUGCCCGUCUCCUUCGUGGGGGUACAUGGUUUCCCAUGCGCGGCUUUGGGUACUUUGUGUAGGCCAACCGUACACAGAGCGGCGAGGCUUGUAAUGGUCGCCGUAGGGGUAGUAGGUCCUCCCAUCAGGAAGAUGCACAGUCCCCUGCACCUUAUGCAAUCCCUCCGUCCCAUAAUUCUCUCCCAAGUUAACCGUCUUGGGCUCCCUAGGAGUGGGAUCAGCCCCGACUUUGGGCUUCGGGUUUUGCCCAGGGUGGAUCCAGUCACGCUUAUCCUGCUCGUGCUUCAUCUUCUUGUCGUCCGGCUUCUUAUUCUUAACAUGAUGAAAGUUCUCAUCCUUCUGCCCAAAGCGGAGCGCCACAUCCUCCACGGCUUGGACGAGUGGUGACUUGUCCUUCUUUUUGGCCUCCAAGUCAGGGCGGUGGUAGUGAUGCUUUUCGCCGGGCUUCUUCUCGGUCUCCUUCUGUUUCUGCUCGUUCUUCUUUUCGGACGACUGAGACUCCGGCUUGGACUUGGACUGCAGCGGCUCCGACGACUCUGGCUUUGAC